AUGGAUCAGCCAUCGCAAUUACUAGAGUGGUGGUCUGAUUUCUUCGCUCAAAUUAGUGAGAAAGAAGAAGAAUUCAUCACCCUCAAUAACAACAGAUGUGGUAAAAAAUCGAAGCUUUCAGGUAGAACUGAGCUACUACAUUCACUCCCUGUCGCGUUGAAUUCUGCUAAAAACUCCAAUUUGAGUUUUACCAGCUACGUCUGUGUUUUCUCUUGUCAGAUUUUGAUGGGUCUGCUUGUUCAUCUGUCCACACUGAAGUUUCUGCGAACGUUGCCACUCUACUUUCCGGUGAUAUCUUUUUCCUUGAAUCUGGUCUUGUUGCUGAUUCUUUUUGGUUCAUGGGUUUGCAAGAAGAGGGUAGCUUGUGAAAACAGUGAUGGUUAUUUUAAUGAAGGGUUUAAAAAGAUGUCUUCAACGUGUGAUAAACUGGUUGUUAUGUGUUGUGUGUCAUUAUCUGUGUUUUAUUCUGUGCUAAGUUGUGUUCACUGGCAUACAAAUGGUUGGGCUUUCUUAGAUCUUCUUUUGGCUUCCCUUACUUGGGGUACCAUCUCUAUUUACCUUUGUGGUCUAUACACUGAGAAAAAGUUACCAUUUUUGCUUAGAGUCUGGUGGGUUUUGUAUUUCAUGGUUUCUUGCUACCAUCUUGUGGUAGACUUCGUUCUGUACAAGAAGCAAGAACUGGUGUCAGUUCACACUGUAUUGUCUGAUUUGGUGGGUGUUUGCGCUGGCUUGUUUCUCUGUUGUUCGUGCUUGUGGAAGAAAGGAGAAGGUGAAAGGAUCAACCUUCUCGAAGAACCACUCUUGACUAACGCUGAAUCAAGUGAGAAUGAAGGCUGUGAUGAGGUCACUACACCUUUUUCAAAAGCUGGGUUUCUAAGCCAGAUGAGUUUCUCUUGGAUGAAUCCUUUGAUUACCUUAGGAAAUGAGAAAAUCGUAGAUAGCAAGGAUGUCCCUCAAGUUGACAAUUGUGACAGAGCUGAGAACCUAUUUCGGGUAUUUAGGAGUAAGCUCGAAUGGGACGAUGGUGAAAGAAGGAUCACGACGUUUAAGCUUAUCAAGGCACUCUUCCUCACAGUGUGGCGAGAUAUUCUUUUGUCAACUCUGUUUGCUUUUGUCUACACAAUGUCUUGCUAUGUUGCACCGUAUCUCAUGGAUAAUUUUGUUCAGUACUUGAACGGUCACAGACGAUAUAAAUACCAAGGGUAUGUGUUAGUGACAACUUUCUUUGUUGCUAAGCUUGUGGAAUGCCAAACGCGGAGGCAUUGGUUCUUCAGGGGUCAAAAAUCUGGGAUUGGGAUGAGAGCAGUCCUGGUUUCGAUGAUCUACGAAAAAGGCUUGACACUUCCAUGUCAUUCGAAGCAAGGACACACUAGUGGUGAGAUUAUAAAUCUCAUGGCAGUAGAUGCUGACAGGAUCAGUGCCUUUACUUGGUUUAUGCAUGAUCCAUGGAUACUUGUUUUACAACUUAGUUUGGCCUUAUGGAUAUUGUACAAAAGCCUCGGGCUGGGAUCGAUUGCAGCUUUUCCUGCCACUAUUUUAGUUAUGCUGGCAAACUUUCCCUUUGCAAAGUUGGAAGAGAAGUUUCAGAGCAAUUUGAUGAAGUCCAAAGACAACAGGAUGAAGAAAACAUCGGAGGUCUUACUGAACAUGAGGAUUCUCAAACUUCAGGGAUGGGAGAUGAAGUUCCUUUCUAAGAUUCUUGAACUUAGACAUAUCGAAGCAAGCUGGCUUAAGAAAUUUGUGUAUAAUUCAGCCGCUAUCAGCUCUGUUUUGUGGACGGCACCUUCUUUCAUAUCUGCAACAGCAUUUGGCGCUUGUAUGUUGCUGAAGAUUCCCCUUGAAUCAGGGAAGAUUCUGGCGGCCCUUGCAACAUUUCGGAUUCUGCAAAACCCAAUCUACAAACUUCCUGAAACAAUCUCGAUGAUUGUUCAGACAAAGGUAUCUCUUGGCAGGAUUGCAUCUUUUCUAUGUCUAGAUGAUUUGCGGCAAGAUGUUGUGGAGAGACUUACUAGUAGAAGUUCAGAAACGGCUGUGGAAUUCAGUGAUGGUUCUUUCUCUUGGGAUGACUCUUCCCCAAUCCCGACACUGAGAGACGUGAGUUUCAGAGUAUCUCAGGGGAUGAGUGUAGCUAUCUGUGGUACCGUUGGCUCGGGUAAAUCAAGUUUACUCUCAUCCAUACUGGGUGAAGUUCCCAAAAUAUCUGGAAAUAUUAAGGUUUGCGGAAGAAAGGCAUACAUUACACAGUCACCUUGGAUCCAAAGCGGCAAAGUCGAAGACAAUAUUCUGUUUGGUAAGCCAAUGGAAAGAGAAUGGUACGAUCAGGUGCUUGAAGCAUGUUCUUUGAAUAAGGACUUGGAAAUGCUUCCGUUCCAUGACCAGACGGUUAUUGGGGAAAGGGGUAUCAAUCUAAGCGGUGGACAGAAGCAACGUAUACAAAUUGCUCGUGCUCUCUACCAAAAUGCAGAUAUUUAUCUGUUCGAUGACCCUUUUAGUGCAGUAGACGCUCAUACUGGAUCACAUCUCUUUAAGGAAGUACUGCUGAGGAUUCUGAAAUACAAAACAGUCAUAUACGUCACUCAUCAAGUUGAAUUUCUGCCUGAAGCUGAUCUUAUACUGGUUAUGAAAGAUGGACAGAUCACACAAGCAGGGAAAUACGAUGAAAUUCUCGAUUCAGGAACAGAUUUCAUGGAACUUGUAGGAGCUCACACUGAUGCCUUAGCAACAGUUGAUUCAUAUGAAACUACGAAUAAAGAAAACUCAACUAUGAUUAAAGAAAAAGAAGUACCCAAAGAUGAAGAAAGACUAGAGAAAGAUUCGGGUAAGCGAAGAGGACAACUAGUUCAAGAAGAGGAAAGGGAGAAGGGCAAAGUUGGUUUCACUGUGUACAAAAAAUACUUAGCACUAGCAUACGGAGGAUCACUUAUUCCGUUUAUAUUGCUAGUACAGAUUCUCUUUCAGCUUCUGAACAUUGGGAGCAACUAUUGGAUGACUUGGGUAACUCCUGUUUCCAAGGAUGUGGAACUUCCUGUGAGCGGCUUUACAUUGAUUCUAGUCUAUGUAGUUCUUGCCAUCGCAAGCUCUUUCUGCAUACUUGUCAGAGCAUUGUUGGUUGCGAUGACUGGUUUCAAGAUGGCUACUGAACUCUUCACCCAAAUGCAUCACUGCAUUUUCCGUGCUUCAAUGUCUUUCUUUGAUGCCACUCCAAUGGGGAGAAUUUUGAAUAGAGCUUCUACAGACCAAAGUGUCGCGGAUUUGAGAUUACCGGGUCAAUUUGCAUAUGUUGCUAUUGCUGCUAUCAACAUUUUGGGAAUAAUUGGAGUGAUGGUACAGGUCGCUUGGCAGGUCCUUAUCAUCUUCAUCCCUGUCGUCGCUGCAUGUGCCUGGUACCGGCAAUAUUACAUAUCUGCGGCUCGGGAACUCGCGAGAUUGGCUGGAAUAAGCAGAUCACCCUUGGUACAUCAUUUUUCUGAAACACUUUCAGGGAUAACUACUAUCAGGAGCUUUGAUCAAGAAUCAAGAUUUCUCAGCGACAUCAUGAGACUUACCGAUUGUUAUUCUCGGCUGAGGUUCCAUUCCGAUGGUGUAAUGGAAUGGCUCUGCUUCCGCCUUGAUCUCUUAUCCACUAUCGCAUUUGCACUUUCACUUGUUAUCUUAGUUUCUGCACCUGAAGGAGCCAUUAAUCCAAGCUUUGCAGGAUUGGCGGUUACAUAUGCUCUCAAUCUAAAUAGCCUGCAAUCAACUUUAAUAUGGACACUAUGCAGUCUUGAGAACAAAAUGAUUUCUGUGGAGAGAAUGCUUCAAUACACAAACAUCUCCAGUGAGCCACCUCUUGUGAUUGAAUCAAAUCGGCCCGAGAAAUCAUGGCCUUCUCGUGGAGAGAUUACUAUCUGUAAUCUGCAGGUGCGGUAUGGGCCACAUUUGCCUAUGGUUCUGCAUGGAUUGACAUGCACUUUUCCAGGAGGCCUGAAAACCGGAAUCGUUGGAAGAACAGGAUGUGGUAAAUCCACUCUAAUUCAAACCCUUUUUAGGAUUGUGGAACCUUCAGCCGGAGAAAUCAGGAUUGACGGAAUAAACAUCUUGACCAUUGGGCUACACGACUUGCGUUCUAGACUAAGUAUCAUACCUCAAGAUCCAACCAUGUUUGAAGGCACGGUUCGUAGUAACUUGGACCCUCUUGAGGAAUACACUGAUGACGAAAUAUGGGAGGCACUUGACAAGUGCCAACUCGGGGAUGAAGUAAGGAAGAAAGAACUAAAGCUCGACUCCACUGUUAGCGAGAAUGGACAGAACUGGAGUGUUGGUCAGAGACAACUGGUGUGUCUGGGACGAGUAUUGCUCAAGAGAAGCAAAGUAUUGGUUCUGGAUGAAGCCACUGCUUCUGUAGAUACUGCUACUGACAAUCUGAUACAGGAGACUCUGAGACAACAUUUCUCGGAUUGUACGGUGAUAACAAUUGCACACAGAAUAUCCUCUGUUAUAGACAGCGAUAUGGUCUUGCUCCUAGACGAAGGGCUUAUCAAAGAACAUGAUUCACCGGCGAGAUUACUUGAAGACAAGUCGUCUUCUUUCUCAAAGCUUGUGGCAGAGUACACAUCAAGUUCAGACACUAACUCAAGAGAAAUCAAAGAUCCAUAG